GAUGAGAGUCACAUUCUCCAGAAAGAGGAUUAUCAGUGGCCAGAAUGAAGUGGAUUGUUUUGUUGUGCCUCACAAUUGUGACUGUCUUGUCCGCUUCUGAGGACAAGUACACUGAUCGCUACGAUGAUAUGGAUAUCGAAGGCAUCCUGGACAAUAGUAGGAUCCUGACUAACUACAUAAAGUGCCUGGUGAACGAAGGACCUUGCACUCCAGACGCCAGAGAACUCAAAAGCAUUCUUCCUGAAGCUUUGGAGUCCGACUGCGCCAAGUGCACAGAUAAGCAGAGAGUGAGCACUCAAAUUGUCCUCAACUAUCUCAUCGAGAAUCGACCUGAUGCGUGGGACGCAUUGGAGAAUGUAUACGAUUUCGCAGGAGUGUACAAAAACAAGUAUUUGGCAGAAAAAACCACUACAAUUUCCCCUUGA